UUGCCGAGCAACACCUACAGUCUCACUCUAGAAAUGCGAAAAUGGAGAGCAGUGUUCAGAGGCGAGUGGAGGCUAUUUACCGUCACCUGUUACUGCCACGUGAACACAAUUCUGUUCUUCACCCGGUUUCAUUAAAGGGUGAGGAAGUGAAAAAUGGUGAGGCUGAAGCUGUGGUCAUAGGGGGUAUGGUGUUGGACAUUCAUGCCGCACCUUCAAUCCCUGCAAAUCCCAGAACCACCACUCCUGGCACGGUUCGUUAUGUGUUAGGAGGUGUAGCAAGGAAUGUUGCAGACUGCAUGUCAAAGCUUGGAACAAAGCCUUUCAUGAUUAGUGCUGUGGGGCUUGAUAUGGCCGGAAAUUUGUUGUUGGAGCACUGGAAAUCUGCUGGGCUAUCUACAGAAGGGAUUCGGAAGCAACAAGAUAUAGGGACUCCUGUUGUAUGCAACAUACUUGAUGUCAGUGGAGAGUUGGCGGCUGCUGUUGCAAGUGUUGAAGCUAUUGAAUCGUUUCUUACACCUGAAUGGAUUCGGCAAUUCAAGUACAAUAUAUGUUCUGCUCCAAUAUUGAUGAUUGAUGCAAACCUGAAUCCUCCUGCUCUAGAAGCUUCUUGCCAAAUUGCAGCAGAAUCUAACAUUCCAGUGUGGUUUGAGCCCGUAUCGGUUGCAAAAUCCAGAAGAGUUGCUUCAGUUGCCAAGUAUGUAAGUAUUGCUUCACCCAACGAAGAUGAACUUAUUGCCAUGGCAAAUGCUUUGUCUUGUGCAAAUGUAUUUACUCCAAUCGAAAGGGGAAAUAAAUAUUCGACAGAAUCAUUGUUCCAAAAGCUAAAACCAGCAAUCUGGGUUUUGCUAGAAAAGGGUAUCAGAAUAGUUGUUGUGACCCUUGGUUCAGCUGGAGCCUUCUUAUGCUCUAGUGGAGGGCCAAGCUUUAUGAGAACUGGUUUGGAGAGAAUCAAACCACAUGGUUCUACUGGACAAUUCUAUAAGAUUGUGACAUCAAGCUGUCCUCCGCAUUGGUAUGGUGCUACAAAUUUGGAAAAGGAUUCUCAUCUGUUUGCUGUGCAUUUUCCUGCGCUUCCUUCGAAAGUUGUGAGGCUCACGGGGGCUGGUGAUUGCUUGGUCGGCGGAACACUUGCUUCUAUUUGUGCAGGUUUAAAUGUUAUGCAGAGUGUGGCGGUCGGAAUUGCGGCAGCCAAAGCUUCUGUUGAGGCAGAGGCCAAUGUGCCGACUGCAUUUAAUUUGGCCACAAUUGCAGAUGAUGCGAGACGACGUCGAGUCGGUUCUCAUGAAGAGGAAAAAGCAAGAAAAACAACUCGUACUUUGUUUUUCCUCUUCUUCUUCGUUGUUCAAGUUUUAGAUCGUAUCCAUGCCUGUGUGAUGUGGUCCCUGAAAGAUGGCCUUAAGUAUCAAGUUCAAGCCAUAAAAGCUGCUCUUACACCAACCAUUUUCACAUCCAAUCAACUCGUUCUCCUGUACUCCAAACAUGGGCUUCUGCGUGAAGCUCGCAGACUGUUCGAUGAAAUGCCUGAACGAAAUGUCUUCUCUUGGAAUGCAAUAAUCUCGGCGUAUAUAAAAUCAAAAAACUUGACACAAGCGCGAGCAUUAUUUGAUGCCGCUUCCCACAGAGAUUUGGUUACGUAUAAUUCAAUGUUAUCGGGGUAUGUAAGUGCUGAUGGGUACAAAGAUCAUGCGCUCAAGUUGUUUAUUGACAUGCAGUCAGCACGUGAGGGGAUUGGAGUUGAUGAGUUUACUCUCACAACGAUGCUUAACUUGACUGCCAAGUUAAGUGUGGUAUCAUAUGGGAGGCAAUUGCAUUCUUACAUGGUGAAAAGUGCUAAUGAUUUGAGUGGGUUUGCGGUUAGCUCUCUUAUAGAUAUGUAUUCUAAAUGUGGUUGUUUUGAAGAAGCAUUGUGUGUGUCUAGUGAAUGUGGUAGUGGGGUGGUUGAUUUGGUUUCCAAGAAUGCAAUGGUGGCUGCUUGCUGUAGGGAAGGCAAAUUGGAUAUGGCUUUGGAUAUUUUUUUGAGAGAUCCCGAGUUGAAUGACACGGUUUCUUGGAACACGUUGAUUUCGGGUUAUGCUAACGUUGGUUGCGAGGAGGAGUCACUGAGGUUGUUUGUUCGUAUGGCUGAGAGUGGCUUUAGAUGGAAUGAACAUACUUUUGCGAGUGUUUUGAGUGCUUGCUCGGGGCUGAAAAGUUUGAAGCUUGGAAAGGAAGUCCAUGCUUGGGUUUUGAAAAAUGGGUUAAGUUUCAAUCCAUUUAUAAGCAGUGGCAUUGUUGAUGUCUACUGCAAGUGUGGGAAUAUGAAAUAUGCAGAGUCAGUUUGUGCAGCAAUUGGGAGUGAAAACUCCUUUGCAAUCACUUCGAUGAUUGUGGGGCAUGCAUCUCAAGGCAACAUGGUAAAAGCUCGAAGGCUUUUUGAUUCAUUAGCAGAGAAGAAUUGUGUUGUCUGGACGGCUUUAUUUUCAGGUUAUGUCAGAUCACAGCAAUGUGAAGCUGCAAUUGGACUUUGGCGUGAGUUUAAAGCUAGGGAAGAAACUGUUCCUGAUGCUUUGAUCCUCGUCAGUUUGCUCAGCACUUGUGCAAUACAAGCUGCCCUGGGGCCUGGAAAACAGAUUCAUGCUAAUGUACUGAGAGUGGGGAUUGAGAUGGAUGAGAAGCUGAUCACUGCUUUGGUUGAUAUGUACUCAAAAUGUGGAAAGAUCGCAUAUUCAGAAAAGAUUUUCCAAAGAGUUAUUGACAGAGAUUCAGUGCUUUACAAUGUAAUGAUAGCUGGUUAUGCUCACCACGGGCAUGAAAAUGAAGCUAUCCAGCUUUUUAGGGAAAUGGUGGAGAGAGGUGUCAGACCUGAUGCAGUCACCUUUAUCGCACUUCUGUCAGCUUGUCGUCAUUGUGGAUUACUAGAACAGGGUGAGGAAUUUUUCCAUUCCAUGAGAAAAGACCAUAACAUAUUGCCUGAAAUUGACCACUACGCAUGUAUGAUUGAUCUGUAUGGGAGGGCUACUCAACUAGAAAAGGCUAUAGCUUUCAUGAGAACGAUUCCAAUAGAACUGGAUGCUGUAAUCUGGGGGGCAUUUCUUAAUGCUUGUAGGAUAAAUGGGAAUACAGUACUUGCUAGAGAGGCAGAGGAUAAACUACUAAAAAGUGCAGGAGAUGACGGGGCUCGGUAUGUUCAGUUGGCCAAUGUCUAUGCUGCAGAAGGAAAUUGGGAUGAGAUGGGGAGAAUAAGGAAGAAGAUGAGAGGGAAGGAGGUCAAGAAACUAGCUGGUUGCAGCUGGGUAUACUUGGAAAACAGAGUUCAUACCUUCACUUCUAGUGAUAAGUCUCACUCUAAAACAGUGGAUAUGUAUAAAACCUUAGCCUUCUUGACUGAAGAACUAUAUGAAAUAUCCAGGGCAUCACAUUGAGGUCAUCUUUGAAUUUCAGCAUGACAACAUGAUUGAUUUCAGAUGCUUUUGGAUAUAGAAAUUCCUGGUCUAGUUGGACGUGGAAAAACUGGUUUUGGCACACCUGGAUGAAGAGACCGCCAUUCAUUUUCAAUGGUUCUAUCCAUCCUACUGAACUCAUACAAUAGAGUUGGAUUCUAUUUUGUUCCCUGUUCUUUGUCAUGCAAUGUUCUUCCAGUGCCAAUUAUUAAGAUUCUUUUGUUCUGAAUA